AUGGCAUCCAAUGUAGAAGAGGGCUUUACCUCUGACAAGAUGUUUUUUAGGGCCGGAGAUGGUACUAGCCAGUAUCCUUGUCCCACCUGUUCCACGCCAUUUGUGAAGGUGGAAGAACUUUGCACUCACCUUACAGAUGAUCCGCAAUGCAAUGCUGUACCCAUCCCUCAUGCACUUCACCAACCUGCUGGUCCAGGUGAAGAACGCAUGGGUCGCUAUCACACGAAAUCUGGCUCUAUUUAUGGGUUUCAACGGCCAAAUAUGUUCGAGCGCAUGAAGGCUCAUGACUAUGAGUCCGCUCGCAAACAUAAUGUGUACUACCCAUUUUCUGGGAGGGAGGAAUGGGAACUCGCCAAAUUUCUCAUCGAGAAUCUGAAUCAGGGGCAAAUAAGUUGCUUUUUGAAGUUAUUAUGGGUGAAGUCAGAAACACGGCAACAGCCCACAUUCAAAACUGCGCCCCAACUGCUAACCUUUAUGGACGCCCUGCCAAAGGGACCGCAGUGGCGCUGCACAACAAUCGAGACAGAUGGUUAUGUUACAACGCAUCCUGUGCAUCUUAUCUGGCGUGAUGCUUUGGAGGUAACGAAGCACAUAUUUGGCAAUCCGAUUUUUGCCAAUGACAUGGAAUUCGAUCCAUAUGAGAUAUUUGUUGACGGAGAACGGGAAUAUGGUGAAUGGAUGUCGAGUUCGCGUGCGCAUGAUAUCCAGGCUUGUAUUAUUUUUUAUGACGAGCUUCCACGAGGUGCUACCAUUGUGCCCAUCGUUCUUGCAUCGGACAAAACUCCUGUCACUCGACACACAGGAGGUCUCGAGAUGCAUCCCACGUUCCUUACUAUCGCUAACAUCCGAUCUGACAUUCGCAUGAAGGCUACGGCUCACACAUGGUCGUGCAUCGCGUAUAUGCCCAUUCCUCAGUUCAUUUGCAACCCCAAGUUCUCUUCACUCUUGCAAGCCCGUGUGUGGCAUCGGUGCAUGGAUAUAGUCUGCGUGAAUCUCAAGGAGGCAGCCGCUGUAGGCGCAAGUAUGGUGGACCCAUUGGGUCUCUUACGCUAUGGAUUUACCCCCCUUGUCGCAUAUACUGCCGACCUCCCCAAACAACAGAUGGUUUCAUGUGUAAGUAAGAAUACAUCACCAGUCACUCUAGCCAUCCAGUCACAGUUCGGGGACAGAAAGUUGUAUGAACCUCGCGACAGCCAGGGCACACUCAGGACACUUGAAGAACUUGGUCAGCGUAUCGAUCCCUGGAAGGUCCAGGAAUUUCAAGAAGCAGCCAAAGCAUCACAUCUCAGCGGGGUGCAGCUUCCCUUCUGGCGUGACUGGCGCUUCGCUGAUCCAGUUAUUUUCCUUGCACCUGAACUUCUCCACACAUGCCAUAAAAUUUUUUCUUUGAUCACAUCCUCAAGUGGUGUAAGGAAGUUGUUGGGGCUGAUGAACUCGAUACUCGCUUUCGUUCGCAACAUAAACACAUCGGAACCCGUCACUUUGGGCAAGGUGUCUCCCAUGUCUCGCAGAUGA